UAGUGUUGACUGUUGUCAAGUCACGUAGCUGAUGUCAGAGAGGUAGAUUUUGCGUAUGGAGUUUUGUGAGUAUUUUUGGAGCAGUAACAACAGUAUUUAUUAGUAGUGAAUUUGAGUAUCUGAAGUGAUUACAUUCUCAAAUAAAGAAAUAGACGAUGUCAUCCUCAAAAUCGAGCGUAGACGAUCUUCUUGGGGAAUCUUGGGUUGAUGUUACUACAACACCAACCUGCGGAUCACAAGGGGGUGGAACUCCAGGAUCUGUAACUCCUCAAAUUAAUGCAGAAGAGUACUUACGUCUCCUACGUGAAGCUCAACGGGAAUCGAAUCAAUCAUCAGCUAGGGUUUCUUUAGCUGGCUCUAGAAGGGAAUCACCUAGAAGCAGCCCUAAAUCACCACCGAAUAGUCCCGUCCAGGGGACUCCACUUAUUAUGGAAUGGCAGUCAUACUAUCUAAACACUGAACCAAAAGAUGAUGCAGACUUAUUUAGUGAUUGGAGCAGUCGCCCUGAUCAAUUACCGCCGAAGAAUUGGAGUUUCCGCCAUCCAAAGAGGGACGUCCUCAGUAUUCGUUAUGCAAGAGUGGGAAAUAGUAGCAUAUUUUCGCGAAAAGGUCUUUGCACUUUGUUUUUAACCAAUUUGAUUUCACUUCUCCUAGGCACUGGAGUAGGUCUGUGGCUAAGUAGAUACGGCCUGUUCGUUAGCGCUAAAGUGCGCUAGAAGCUAACUCACAUUUCGUGCCACAUAAUUAUAUAAUACAAUAGAUAAAGCAUCUGCACGAUUUUAUAUAAUUAAUUAAUGAUAAUAAUAAUACAACUGUGUAUUUCGACAUGUCAACAAGUACGUGAACGAAAUAAUUGAUUUUUGUACUAUUUUAUAGGACUUAAAGUAAAAUAUAUUUUAUUUAAUAACAAAUUUUUUAAUAAACCUAACUAAUGUAGACAAAGUACAGAAUAUAUGCUUUUUUGUUUUUUUUUUUUUAGUUUAUUGUAGCUCGAAAUCUAUUUUAUUAAUCGUAAGUUAUUAAAUGUCGUUAGGCCCUUAUGUUAUCUCUCUAUAUAAUAUAUAGAAUAUAUAAGUACAUAUGUGUAUAAUUUAAUGUGUACAAAAGCAGUGUAAAUGAAGAGUUUAUAAAUGGAUAAAGUUAUUAACGGAAAGAACCAAGCUGUGAUGAAGAAUUCGUCCUUUAUGCUGCUUAUUGUCACAAUCAAAAUCAGAAUAGACAUUUGUUUGAAUUAAUCACUAUUAAAUUUUUUAAGUAAA